AUGAUGCUUAAUGGUGUGACUUGGCACGCAAUAAUACUCGUUAAGAAAAAGUUGUUGAUAAUUGUCAACGAAGAUAAUUUGCUAGAUUUAUAUUUAGAGAUCCGUUUAAGUAAACAGGGUCAGAUUGGUAAUUCACGCAAAAGCGAUGAACGCCGCCGCGCUCUCUUUCACCGAAGCGCCGCGUCAUUGGCCGCCGCCCUCGACCGCCAUCCAGCUGCGCUCUCCCUCCGUCAGAUCCAGGGCCGCUUCGUUCGCUUCGGCCUCACAUCCGAUCCCCGCCUCUCCGCCCAUUGUCGCGCCGGCGCCGUCGCCGGCGCCGCCGCCAGCACCACCCUCCUGAACGCUAUCCCCCACCGCGCUCGCUCCCUCCUGGAAUACAACCAUCUCAUCCGCGACUACGCCUCCUCUGCCCUCGCCGACCUCGCCCUCGACCUCUUCUUUGAGAUGCUGGACGCGGGAUUCUUCCCCAACGAGUUCACCUUCCCCUUCGUCCUCAAGUCCUGCGCCCUCCUCGGCCUCUUCGAUCUCGUCCAGCAGAUCCACGCAGAUCUAGUAAAAACUGGUCUUUUAGCCUCCAACGUCUUCUGCGCCGGCGCCCUCUUGGAUGUCUACGUCAAGAAUUCUUCUUUCGGCGAUGCGUGUCAGUUGUUCGAUAGAAUGCCGCACAGAAAUGAAGUCACUUGGAAUGCCAUGUUGACUGCUUGCGCCCAAAAUGGAUUCUUGGACAGGUGCUUGGAGAUGUUAGACACCAUGGUAGAGUCUAGAGUGGAAGUUGGGAUCGUCAGCUGGAAUUCUAUUGUUGCUGGUUGUGUUCGACAUGGCGAUCUUGAAUUUGCCUUGGAGUCUCUCAGCAUUAUGCUUUAUUUUGGCUCAUUCAAGCCCAAUGUAGCCACCUUCAAUACCCUUCUCCCAUUGAUCCCCACAAUCCCAUCUCUAGACAGACUCAAGGAGUUACAUGUGCUUUUUUACAGGAGUAUCGUCGACAGGAUUGAUAUCGAUCCAAUCAGUGCUGAUCGGGUGUGGUCAGCUAUCGCAGCUGGAUAUGCAUUCCACAGGUGCAUGGAAUAUGCUACUUGCUUAUUUGAGAAAGUCAGGUUGAAAACUUGCUAUCUAUGGAAUUCAAUGAUCUCAGGGUUUCUAGCCUAUGGGCAAAUCGACAAAGCAUCCCAUGUUUUCCGGGAGAUGGCCUUACAAUGUGGCUUUGAAGCACAAACACUUUCUCAAGUUUCAUUGACCUUAAUCCUUCCAGAAUGUGGUCGACCAUGGAAAUCUGGAUUGGAGAUCCAUGCCCAUGCUUUUAGAAGUGGGAUUGAAUCGAGCACAGCGGUGAGCAAUGCUCUGAUAGCCAUGUAUGCUAAGCGAGGAGACACCUUUGCGGCUGAGAAGAUUUUUCGAAUGAUAAAAGCAAAGGAUGUCGUCUCUUGGAAUACAACGGUUGCAAUGUAUGUGAUGGUCCAUGAUGUAGAUCGUGCAUUCAAGCUAUUCCAACAGAUGGUCACAGAGGGCGUCCAGCCUGAUGAGUAUUCAUUCAGUUCUGCCCUUAAUGCCUGUGCAUAUUCCUCAUGUCUCAGGCAGGGGAUGGCACUACAUGGACGUAUGGUUAAGAGUGGGUUCUGCAGCUCAUGUCCGAUUGUUCAGAAUUCUCUCAUGGAUGCUUAUGGGAAAUGUGGGUGUGUAGAAGAUGCUCAAACUGUCUUUGAGGAGGUGCGCCACAAAGAUGUCAUCUCAUGGAAUACGAUAAUAUCAUGUUAUGGCUUCAGUGCGCGUCCUCAAGAAGCCAUCUUACUUUUCGAUAGGAUGAAAGACGAAGGUUGGAAGCCCAAUCGUGUGACCUACAUUGCACUUUUGUCAGCUUGUAAUCACGCGGGACUGAUUGAUGAGGGCUUGCAUUACUUUGAAACAAUGGUCAGUGAGCAUGGGAUUGUACCUGAUGUGGAUCACUAUACUUGCAUUGUAGAUAGCUUAGGAAAAGCAGGUCUGCUUAAGAAAGCCUACCAGUUCAUAAAAGACAUGCCGGUUGAGCCAGAUGACUACAUCUGGGGUGCAUUACUUAGCAGCUGUAGGAUUCAUGGGGAUGUUCAACUAGCUGAAAUCGCAGCUAAGCAUCUGAUUGAAUUGGACCCUCAGCACUCUGGUUACUGGGUGUUGCUAUCUAACGUAUAUGCCGAUGCAUCUAGGUGGGGUGAUGUCUCGGAGGUUCGAGCAGCCAUGAAGGGUGCCGGCGUUAACAAGUGCCCAGGCUUCAGUUGGGUUGAGGUAGGUGGCAGGGAAGUACACAGGUUUCUAACUGCUGAUAAGCUCCAUGAACAAUGUGAUGAUAUAUAUUUAGCUCUUGAUGGUCUAACAAAGCAACUGAAAGAUGAAGGAUAUGUCCCACUUGUGAAUCCUAAAGGCCCUUUAUCCUGAAUGAAGAAUAAGCAUAAAGUGACCAAAGAAGUGAAGUAAACUCAAUGUGUGACCUAUAUACAUGGUGUUUACUUGAGAAGAAGGGUCAGAUAGAGUGAAGGGAGGAGGGAAAUUGCCAUUUUCCUUGUCCACUUCAAUAGAAUCAGUAGAAGAACAAGAAUCAAGGGAAAAAUAAAAGUAGCACUAGGAGCUUCUUUUCUCACUUUUGGUUCCAUCUAAAAGUGGAUAGAAGAGGAAAGAAAAAAAAGAAAUGGAAACACUGGUUUAACCUUGCAUAUCUUGGGAAUGAUCAAAUCAAAAGAUUUAUGUUGUCGUGUUAUCUGAUUUUCUCUUUUACACAUUAUUUUCAUGUAAAUAAAAGAAAGAAUCUCUUUUCUUCCCUUCCCCAAUAUUCUCUUUUCCUCUCAAACUUCAGUUUACUCUUGGGUAGAAUUCAAAGCGAGGAAAGGAACUUCAAAUUGCUUCUUUUCUUUUCUUUUCUACCCAAGUAGACAAGGGAAUCUAAUUGGUUUUCUUUUCCUUCUACUUUGAUUCUCUUUCCAUCAAGUAGAUACACUCUUGGUGUACACAACUUUAUCCUUGUACAGCAACAAGUUGGUUGCUCUUCUUCAUAACAUCCUGGAAUCCUAGGUCAUGAUGGAGCAAUCUUACCUAUGUAUUAGCAGUUAGGACCUCCCUUGGUAUUGCACAAGGCUAAUAUAUGAUCGUAGGUCAAAUGACAUACACAUUUCGGAAACAUUGAAUUCAUCAGAUGACUACUGAGGAAAGGUUUCUUGCUGAUGUGAACAGAUAGGUGAAUGAAGCUUAUACGACAAUGGCAGUUGAUUAAUUAAAAAUAUGACAAUGCAUCCAUCAAUUUGCUAGAGCUUUGCGGAAUAGUUCACACCCAGAAAGCAAGCUACUGAGUACUGAAACUUUUCUGCAUUUCUGUCAGAAAAUAAUGUAAAAAGCCUUCAACAGAAGGUAGCACACCUCAAAGGCAUCACAGAGUCAUGAGAAUUUGGUACUUGAAUCAAGGUUACUUCACAUGAUUUAAUUUGUAAGCGGUAAGAAUUCUAUGAAUACAAAAAAUAUUUUGUUCUAAAGACAGGAAAAUGAACAGCAAGACUGUCAGUGGUGUAUCAUUACUUCAGCUUUGUUUGCAAAGGGUAGGAAAAUUUUACCUCCCAUGUAUUUAUCAUUCACAAGUCGAAGUUUCUAGCAAGUAAAUAUUGGAGUUCCUUUAUGAGAACCUGCAUAUACAUAUGUAUAUUGUUUAGCAUAAAAAUGAUGUAUUAAGUACUAGUAAU